AUGGGCUUCGCGUAUCUCCUAUAUUUGAUAUUUGACAUAAAUAGAUAUAAGAAUGUUAUACAAAAGAACAAAAAAAUUAAAGAAUUCCAUCAAGAAAGAAUCUCUGAAUACUACAGAAAACGUGAAGAAUUCGGAACCAAUGGAUCAGAUGCCCAUACGCCUGAAAGCUACAGAUCAAUUGGAAUUCCGCCUGCUCCGCUUAUUCCUGUGAACCAUGAUUAUUGUUUUAGUCAAGGUCGGCAUUCAGGCAGCAUUUACCUUAAAAUUGGUGCUGCUGGUUUUGCUCUGGGCCACCUUGUACAUUCAGUCUUACUGAUAACUUUACAAAUAAAGUAUUUCACAGAUGAAGAUAUUAAUAAUCAAGAUUGUAUAGAUUUAUCUCAACUAGUACUUGAUGUUAUAAAUCCCUUAUAUGCAUUCAUGCAGCUUUAUUUCAUUUUUAAAUAUUCUAAUAUAAUUAUUUUACGUGGACAGGGCUUUGCGUAUUUCGGUUUUAUGCACAUGAUUGGAAGUAGUCUUUGCUUUUGGAUUUCGACGAUUGUACGCGAAACUAUAUUGGCAUUGACUUUGUAUGCAAAUUCUAAAUAUGGAAAUUCAACAUACGCAAAUGAAACCAGUCUUAACGACGUAACAGAAUACAACGAUAUAAGUCGAAUUUUCGAUGUCAGUAAUCUGUAUGAUGAACAUUGUCAGGGUUCGGCUACUAUUAUAUCUAUAAUUGAAAACUUAUCACCAUACUUAUACCCAUUUAGCGUAGAAUUCAACAUCUUUAUUGUCGCUACUUACUUCAUCAUUUGGACGCACAUUGGAAGUUGCAAUAAUAAUGCAGAUAAUAUAGAAACUGAUUCCAGCUUAUACGAAAAGAAUUCUUUAUGCAAAAUACCGACAGCAAGUGAAGAAAACGAUUUUACAAGCAAUAUGGUAGUUUAUGCCGACUGUCACGCUUCGAACAAGGGGCUAUUCGUGGGAUUGAUUUUAAUUGUAUUAUUAUUAGGAAUGCUUAUUAUCGGAUUUGUAUUCAGCAGCGUCGACGAAAACUACUUAGAAAUGGGCUAUCUUCUUAAUAACUGCACUAAGUUGUUUAUGCACACCGUAAUGCUAAUUGCCGCAGUCAUAGCUUACAAUCAAACAAUAAAGCUGGAUAUAAAUGAACACCCUAUGUCCUUAUUAGAUGACGUGCUUCUCUUCAUAUGCUUACCAGCGUUCGUCAUGGAAACAGUUCUGUCAAUGGUUGCUACAAUAAGUUUGCAGAACAUCGUUAAAACCGUUGAUUUUGCAGUUAUGCUGGUCUGUACAAACGCUUCAUACAUUUUGGACCUCGUGCGCUUUGUCCAAGUAAUCAUCCAAACUACACUGUUGGUUGAUGGUCUACGACGAUGCAGUAACAGCAGAAGUUUGCGGAGAACUAAGCCUGGACGAGAGUUACAUAUGUUCCUCAUCAUAGCAAACGUAGGGAUGUGGCUGUUCAACACUUUCUCAUACAAAUCUCCAGAUAGAUUGGACGCGAGAUACGAGUACUAUGGAAAAGUACUUUGGUCAAUACUAGGUCAUAUCAGCUUACCCCUUAUCAUGUUUUACAGGUUCCAUUCAAGCGUAUGUUUUGCAGAUAUUUGGGUUACAGCUUAUAGGCCUGGUUCUGAACAUUGA